AUGCCUUCCAAAAGGGCCGUAUUGUCAGAUCUGACCUCUCAGCUUGGCCUGCGCGCUUUUUACAGCAAGAAGGGGACCGACUUCAAAGCAAAUCCAACCGUCGCGCAAUUAUGGGACAAACUCACGGAGCUGUGCAAAGUGCACUAUCUCAAGGCAAUGGAGUACAUUCCUCGGUGUCCUGAGAUCCGCGAUGCCCAAGCGAAUCUUCUCAAAGAGCACGGUCCUGCCAUUUGGAGCGCAGACAACCAACGCCCUUGGUUGCUGAAUCCUGGAGAAGGAGCGACCUCGUCCCCUUACGCGAGAGACCUGUACUGGCACGAUCUGGCUGAUCAAAAGUUUAUCAAGGAAACCUUCCUCACGUUCGUCGUUGAGAAGAUCCUACGAUGGCGCAAGGACCACAUUAGGACAUCUAGAGCGACAAGCGACAAUCUGUUCGACCCGACAUACACCUCGAAUCCAGCGUCCACAAACACCCGGACCGCCCACAGCGACUCUCCUGCGAAUUGGGAAUGCUUCAGCGUGAACCGAGAAGAUCAUCUUAAUGCCUCUCUGCUAUCUCAGAGCGUCUGGCUUGGUGACUACGAUCAAGCAAAAGUGUCAAUAAAUGGACCAACCUGGAAUGAAGUCGAGAAAAACUACUUUGAGAGCACAACGGGCGGCUCAGAAUGUUUCGGGGCGGAACCACACGCUUUUGAUGCAUUACCAGGCGUUGUGGCAUGCUAUCUACAAUGCGCUGCUUGCUGCGCAGCUGGGCGACAGCCUUGCGAGAGACUGAAGAUCUGGACUUUCAAAUGCUCAUUGAAGGGCAGAGAUGUCUACGCGUGCCUCAAAGAGUUGCCGGAGCGAGAAUGGAGGAGGCUCAAGUCUGACACGCCACUAUGGUCAUUCUGGAAGCUGAACGGCGGCUACACAACGAAUUGGUUCUUGACGCCUGUCUCGGAGAAUGCGACCACACCGCUGCUGCAAAGCGAUAUCAUUCAGCACGGCCCAGAUAAAGGGAAGCGUAAACGACAAGAUAGUCCUCAACCUGAAGCGAAGUCGACAAAUCCCCCCAAGAGAACAACCAGAAGCAGCAAAAGCAGAUCGAUGAUAGCAAGGAAGACCGCUUUCAACGCAAUUAAUAAACAUGGCGGACCUGCUAUUCCUAGGGCGGCUGUUCAAUCGACCGAAUCACCACAUGUUGUGCCUCGAUCAACUCCGACUCGUGGACGCCAGCCGUCUUACGACAGUCUUUAUGACACUACUCCAGCACCUCAGAACAAGACUCAGGCUCCUGCAUCGGCAUCUGCUACAUCGUUCUUUGGAAGAUACACAAGACCUCCAUACAUCAACGCCGAGCGCCCUGAGGCCACGAACCCAGACCCAGAAGCAAGUACACAUGAUGCAACAGCCACCACUCAAGCGACCGCUUUUGCACCAUCUACGCAGCAUACCGCUCCGACCUUACCCGCUGAAACUGAGCAUGAAGCAGAACCACAACCAGCAGCCACCAUCGAACCCGGCACCAAUAACACCGCUACUAGCGAGCGACCACCUACACCCGGUCCCGCCCCACCACCCUCACAAUCCCCCCAACCCUCCCUCACCGAAAUCAAACCCUUCCCUCGCUCUUCCUCAACCAUGGAGCCCCCACCCUUCACCCUCCGCUUCCCAAUCUGGUUCAAAUCCAAAAUCCGCGACUCCGCCGCUUCCAAGGUCGUCUACCUCGACGACUCAAUGACGGUCCAAAACGUCUUCAACCGUCUCCGCAAAAAUCUGAAACGUCAGAUCGAAGGACAAAAGCAACCGCUUGUCGCCAUAGAUUUACGGUUUGCUGUCGAUGGGGAAGCUCUGAUUACUGUUGAUGAAGACGAUGAGGAUGGUUGGGAAAUGGUGCUGAGUAUGGUGAAGGAGGCGGAGAGGAAGGAGAUGUAUGGGAGUUUGGAGUGUCAGUGA